AUGGGCUCGUCGCUUCCCGCCUACUCGCCGGGGUCGGGGUCGGGGCCGGGGCCGGGGCCGGGGCCAGGGCGCAAGUUUUGUCUGCCCAGGCCUCCCGCUGGCGCGCCGCUGUCGGAAGUGAUCACGUCGGACGUGGUGCACAGCUUCCUGUACGGGCGAUGGAGGCGCGUGCACGGCGAGCAGCAGUUGACGCACGAGGCCGCCGCAGGCGCGAGCCCCAAAACCGCCUUCACCGCCGAGGUGCUGGCGCAGUCCUUCUCCGGAGAGGUUCAGAAGUUGUCCAGUUUGGUUCUUCCCAGCGAGGUGGUCAUUGCGCAAAGCUCUGUCCCAGGAGAAGGUCUGGGAAUCUUCUCCAAGACUUGGAUCAAGGCAGGUACCGAGAUGGGUCCGUUUACGGGGCGCCUGGUUUCUCCGCAACACGUCGACUUUUACAAGAACAACAACCUCAUGUGGGAGGUGUUCAACGGCGACGGCGGCGUGCGUUUCUUCGUGGACGCCAGUCAGGAGGAGCAACGCAGCUGGAUGACGUACAUCAAAUGCGCUCGCAACGAGCACGAGCAGAACCUGGAGGUGGUGCAGUUGGGAAGCGCCAUCUUCUACAAGGCGCUGCAGACCAUCCCGCCUGACCAGGAGCUGCUCGUUUGGUACGGAAAUUCCCACAACACCUUCCUGGGGAUUCCUGGAAUUCCAGGAGGCGACGACGAGCAAGCAAAGAAAAGCAAGAGCGACGAGUCGCUCGGCUGCGAAGUCUCCACGUCGGGCUCGGGGGGUCUGGGCCGCAUGCGCUGCGUCAUUUGCCACCGCGGCUUCAACUCUCGCAGCAACCUGCGCUCGCACAUGCGCAUCCACACGCUGGACAAGCCCUUUGUGUGCCGCUUCUGCAACCGCCGCUUCAGCCAGUCGUCCACGCUGCGCAACCACGUGCGCCUGCACACGGGCGAGCGGCCGUACAAGUGCCACGUGUGCCAGUCGGCCUACUCGCAGCUGGCCGGUCUGCGCGCCCAUCAGAAGAGCGCCAGGCACCGCCCAGCCACCGCAGCCGGGGUCACCGGAGCCGGGGUCACCGGCAAUGGAGCCGGUGCCGGAGCCGCCGCCGCCGCUGCCGCCGGACGGGCGCUGCUGAUGGUGCGCGACCAGCGCUCGCCUCCUCCGCAUUCUGCUUCCUUGGUCCACCACAUUCCCGCUGCUAUGGUGCUCUAGACCAGGCGGCAAGGCGCGAGUUGCUCACCUCAAAGUAAAGGGAGUGAGUUAGCUGCAGCGUUAGUGUAAGCGUAGCAGCGCCUACAAUGAAUACUCUGGAUGUUAGCCCAGCAUGCUAAUGGUUUUUAUGGUUUUUAAAUGUUUUUCCCCGCCACGGUGCUUGAGACGAGAUGGUGGCACCAAAGUGUUGCCAUGAAGCUGCCAUUCGCAACUAAAAGACUCACAAUGGAACCAUGGUGUACCCUCAAGGAUCAAAACGGAAUUGAUUCCUAAAUGAAAGAAUACUUGACCUGACACCUCAAAUUGAGAGAGAGAGAGAGAGAGAGAGAGAGAGAGAGCGAGAGAGAG